UAUGGAUUGACAAGUUGAGCGCGUUGUCGAUCCAUAUCUAAAACAGGACAGACGCAUGACAUGCGAUCGAACCAACCGAACAAAAAGUGAACAAAAUCGCCCGUCCGUCUGUGUCGUCCGAUUUUCUUACACUUAACUUUAUUCCAAGGACGACGCCUUCGACGAUAAGUCUCAAUGAGAACCGUGACCGUGACGUGAAAGACUUUUCUAUGGCUUGCCAUUUUAAGGCUUACCAUUCAAACACGCUGAGCAAUUUUCUUACGGGUGGAAAGAUGCGCCAUGCAUCACUAAAAGCAGGAGCUCUGAUUUACCAGGGGAAGGCCUCAUGCUCAUGGCUGAGAUAUUUGGAUCCGCGGUUGCGAGCGAGUCUGUAAGCAGAAUUUUCUCGAUCCUAUCAUCAGGCAACUCGAGAGUGGAUGGGGGCGCGGAGGACAACGCCGAGAGGCUCGAGUUCGCGGUGCUGAAGAUCCACAGCGUUGUCGCCGUCUCCCAAGAUUGGCUCAUACUCCACCAACCAUUGCUCGACUGGAAGGCGAGACUGAAGCGCGUAGGCGAGGAAGGCGACGCCAUCCUGCGCGCUUCCAGGAGCAGAUCCGCGGAGCGGCAGCGGAGCGAGGGGAUUGCGAGUAAGGAGACCCCCGUUCGUACGCGCGUCGCUCGAGCGGCGGCACGCUUCUUGCCCUUCCGCCGCGGCAAGGACGGCGGCGGUGAUCCGAGCGACGCGACGGUGCGGAGGUUCGAGAGGCUGGCGCAGGUCGCCGACGAGUUCUUCCGGUACGUCCAGCUUGGAGGCCGUCCGAAGAGCUUGACGGUGUCCUUGGAAGACCCCACGGAGUCGCUGCUUGCAGGGAAGACGCUCGAGUUCUCCCUCAGGAGCGGCAGCCGGGACGCCCUCCUGCUGCUCCACCCGCGCGACGGCGACGGCGACGGCAACAGGGAGGUCGUCCUCUUCCUCUCCUGCGACGACAGCGCCGAGUGGGAGAAGAACGUGAAGCUCUGCGUGGUGUUCCACCUGCUGGAGCGUGCUGACAUCCUGGGCGUCGUCAUGUCUUCCUUGCACCUGCUGCCUCCCCAGUUCGGCGCCGCCUGCGCAACGGCGAGGGGGUUCGUCGGGGAGGUGCAGGCGCAGGAAGCGAGCUAUUCCAACGCGUCGUCCAUGUCGAUGCGGUGCGUCUCGUCGGCAUGGAGGUGCCACCGGAAUUCCAUUUCCACCACGGACGCGGGACGCGCAGCGACCGACGGCAUGCCGUGGCCGAUCGUUCGAGUGGAUGCCGUCUGCUUCGCCAUGCCGCAGAUCGAUUCGGCGGGUGCACCCGCGGACCAGAACCUGCCUCUGAAAUUGGCAUGCCAUGUCACUCCCCAUCUCGUGCCCGAGAGGUAUCCCGGGAACUACCGGCAGAUCGGGACGGAAGCACUGCACGAGCUGUCACCCAAAGCGGCGGACGAAGGAGCUUCAGGCUGCAGACGGGAAGCUGCGUGGUGGUGUCCUGGCAGCUCAACGUAUUUGUCGGUGGAGCCAGAGUUUUCGGUGCCGCCGCCCACGCUGCAGCAGCUGUUUCUGGUGGAAAGCUUGAAGGGGGCGAUGUAGUGGUAGCUGAAGCGAUGGGAUCAUGGCUAAGUGGCAUCUUGUAAUUUCUUACUACUUUCUUGUUUUUUUUUGUCUUGUUCUUUUUGGCUUAUCUCAAUCCUAAUUGUCAUACUCUGUUGUAAUAUAAAAUGUUUCAGUAGGGUUUAUCCAAUGUUUCGAUUAACAAAAAGGUUAUUUUUCUUAGGGCUGUUUACAGAACUAUUAGUGGGAAGUUGUUUCCUUC